AUGCACGCAAAGUACUACCGGCGUGUCCCACACUUGGAGCAGGCUCUUCACGUCAAGCGCACACCUGCUGAUCCUUCUGGCUUUGUUCUGACCGGUCCAAUCACUAUCACUGUGAUAGAAACAGCCUCCGCACACUCCUUGGACUUAAAGACCAGCAGCACAAAAUCAACCGAGGCAUCCGUAACUUCCACUUCCACUUCCUCCACCCGCCUGACCCCCCUUCCUACGUCCACGACAACUUUCUUCGUCAAAGUUACACAAACUCCUCCUCCGCCUACCCAAAUACCUCCUUCAUCCACACCCGUACCCUCAACCUCCGUCAUCGCGCAGCAAAAUGCUGCUCUCAACACGUCCCAAACUUUAUCAAGCGGAGCUAUCGCAGGCAUAGUGAUAACAUGUCUAUUCGUUCUCGUAGCCGCAGUUGUCUUUGGGAUGCGGCGUCGCUUCAAGUAUCAUAGGAUGAAGAUACGGGGCAUGUGGACUACCUCCAAAGCUAUAGGUAUCCCACCAACUAGCCCGUUUGAACCUCAGGAAUACCCAGGGACUAUCAGGCCAUAUCCGUUCCCGGUUCCUUCUUCCUCUGCUGGCAACAACAGCCAGUUUUUAAACGUACCGAGCUCGCCAGGCACUUAUUUUGCUAGUGCGCAAGCAGCCUCCCGCCAGGGCCCGUCCAUGUCAUCCGUCCUUGCGCCACCCGCAUCGUACGGUACCGGAUUCGGCUCUCAGAUUCCGUCUACGACGACCGCCAACACCCCCUUCACCUCGUCAGACGCUGCGUUAUUUCCGUUUGGCGCAACUGUGAUCUAUACGUUUAUCACUUCGUUGCCGGACGAACUGUCCAUUAGGGUCGGGGAGACUAUUAGGGUGUUGGCGGAGUAUGAUGAUGGGUGGGCGCUGUCGCUUAAUGCGGGGGGCGAGCAGGGGAUGGUGCCGCUUCAGUGUUUGGAUCGUGGGGUUGGGGGUGGGAGGAGUUUUGAUGGGGAUGCGGAUGUGGAUGGGAUGAGGAGGGUGAGCAGUUUGAAUGUGUUUAGGCGGUGAUUCUUUUUUUUCUCUUGGGAUUUUAUUUUAUUUUAUUUUAUGAUGGCGAACAGAGUUGAAGCGUUCCUUUUCUUGACACCCUGCGAUACCCAGCCUUUUUUUCCCCCUUCUCUCUCUUCUUGGAAUUCCACGGUAACCCGCGCCAUUCCGAAUUCGAUUCGAGAAGGUUACCUAGCAGCUUUACAGUUUGUCUUGCAGCUCAGGAAGCAAGCGUUGUGCCGUCUUUUUUCUAUGUAUAUAAUUUACAAGUAUGUACAUAGACCUGUAUGUAUGUCCACAACGUGGACUUGGAUGUACUAAAUAUCAGAGCAAUACCA